AUGAAGGCUGUCUUCAAGCCGCGUCAUAUCGUCAAACUCCUCAGCCGACGACCUGAGAUCUUUACAACUCCUUUAGAGGAAUGGUACCAGUUCCUAGCAGGGGUUUUAGGCGGUGACAAGAGGGGCGCCGCCGACGACGACACGUCUGCCGCUACUGCCGAUGGGGCUACGGGCAGCGGCGGCAGCAGUGACGGGAGUGGUGACUGCAACAUUAUUGUUGCGGGGAAGGCUGCUGCUUUCAACACGCCGUACAACGCCGGUGCCGCCAUUAUGUUUUUCAAGUCGUACGGCUGGACGGAUCAGGAAGUUAUACGGCAGCUUCUGCCGUGCUAUCCGGAAGUACUGGCGGCGACGCCGGAGGAGCUGCAGGCCACGGUGCAUUUCCUAAGAUCUCGUAAAUUUGACGAGCAGUCCAUUCGCAGAAUGGUACUGGAGUUUCCGCUUCUGUUCGCCCCCAUUCGCCCCACCACCACCAACGCCACCAACGCCGCCGCCAACGCCACGGAUUACGCGCAGCAGUCCCUGCUGCAGCUCAUUGACCGCAUUCGUGCAUCAGCACACAACAAGUAUGUGGUCAGCGGGUCGUACCACGUCUGA